GUGUUAGUAGUGUAGAGAUCAUGUCGACUCUCCUCUCAGAGUGUUUGUAUGAGAUCAGUCAACAGGCUGCACCUCCCUGUAAGGAUUACCACCAACUCACAGUCACCCAGACACAGGUGGUUUUCAGGGUGUGGAGAGUGUCCUGUCCUCUACGACACGAGAAACCACAACCUGCAGAAAACAAGAAAUCACACACAGACUUCCUACAGGAUAGCCACACACAAGGUCACAUAGGGCGAGUGUUUGGUCCACACACUCUGGACUACGUGGUGAACCUGUGCUGGCAUCGCUAUGACUACCUGGUCCGGCUCCCUGAUUGGCUGCUCCUGAACAUCCUGUCCUUCCUGGAGUGGACAGAGAUUAAGAACAUCUCCCAGACCUGCAAGAGGCUCCAACAGCUAUGCUGCAGUGAGGUGUUUUGGGAACGGGGGACAGCAGGGGCCAGGUACGGGCAGAGUGAGGUCACCAUGGAGGGUGUGAGCCGUUCUCUACAGCGCCGCCUGGUGGUAUUUCACAGAAGACAGGUGCUCUCCCGUCUGGCCCAGCAGCAGCACAGCAAGAGGAAGAACAGUAUCUGGCACCUGUGAGAGUGUUAGCCUGGUCACGCAGACUGACCACUGCGCUCUCGUUUCGUUUUACUUCAACAGAACGUGAGCUAUUGCACAAUCAGGCUGAUUUCACCAGGCUACAUGUGAGACAGAGAGAGGAGCAAAGUAUGUCUGUCGGUCUGUCUAUCUAUCUGUUAGUCUGUCUGUCUGUCUCUCUCUCAAACACUUUCAAGAUAUUUGAUUAUUAUCUAUUACAUUUCCAUGACCUGGGAAAUAGUUACAUUAGGCACCUAGGGCAGAGUUAGUUUAUAUGGGCAGUGGAGCUGCCUGUGAGCGUUUUGAAUGGCCAGCAGGUGGUGAUAUUAAGCAAAAAUCAGAGAGCCUCAUAAACCUCUCUGAUUCACCAAUUGGUGAGUUUGGUAGCCUGCUGAAGGAAGUCUGAGCUCAACUGGGGAAGAGUUAUUGCUAUCCCAAAACCUUUUAAUGGUUAUAAUGAUACAUAGCUAAUGUUGUUUGUUUUUGUGUUUUU